AUGCCGCCGCGCCGGUUCGCUUUAGGUCGGGCGGAGGACGCCGUCCGGGCGGACGCCAUUCGCGCCGCCCUCUCCGAGUUCGUCGCCACCGCCAUCUUCGUCUUCGCCGCCGAGGGCUCCGUCCUCGCCCUCGAGAAGCUGUACAGAGACACGUCUACGGCCGGCGGGCUGGCGGUGGUGGCUAUCGCGCAUGCGCUAGCGUUGUUCGUCGCCGUGGCGGUUGCCAUCAACAUCUCAGGCGGCCACGUCAACCCGGCCGUCACCUUCGGUGCCCUCGUUGGCGGCCGCAUCUCCCUCCUCGACGCCCUCCUGUACUGGGCUGCGCAGCUCCUCGGCGCCGUCGUCGCCUCCCUCCUCUUAAGGAUAACAACCGGAGGCAUGCGGCCGCUGGGCUUUUCGGUGGCGUCGGGGGUCGGCGAGUGGCACGCGGUGCUCCUCGAGGUCGUCAUGACGUUCGGGCUGGUCUACACGGUCUACGCCACCGCCAUCGACCCGAAGCGCGGCCACAUCGCCACCGUCGCGCCGCUGGCGAUCGGCUUCAUGGUCGGCGCCAACAUCCUGGCCGGCGGGCCCUUUGACGGUGCCGCCAUGAACCUGGCACGGGCGUUCGGGCCGGCGCUCGUCGGGUGGCGGUGGUGGCACCACUGGAUCUACUGGGUCGGCCCGUUCGUCGGCGCAGCCCUUGCCGGGCUCGUCUACGAGUUUCUCGUGAUUCUGGCCGCCGACACGGCGCCAUCGCAGCUCACUCGCCAGCCAUUGUCCCCAGAAGACUACUAG